GACGGAAAUAUUAACGAGUAUACUUGAAAGUAUCGGUAUUGAAUCGCUACAGUGUAAACAUCUUGACUGGGAAAUGAAGUAUUUUACAAAAUGUAAUUGGACAAGAGGAGGAGGUGUAUUGACAGAUAAACUUCAAUGUCCAAAACCAUAUGGACAAUUUAUUUACAAAGAACAUUGCUUAGUGUGUACAACAGAUACUAUUGCAAACAGAGUAGUUCAUUCAAACAAUACGUUUAGAAGUUUUAUAAAGCAAGAGCCACUUUCAUACAUUACUAGCACUGCAAUGCUGACGAUGCUUUCUCUGAUUGUCCAUCUGAAAUGGUCAUCUGUCUGUGUCAUCUUCGACAACGAAACUAAACAAGAGGCAAUAGAACUCCACGAAGGUUUAUCAGCUAUCCAUGUUUAUGCUGUAAUGUAUUCUAUGGAGGAGGUGACAUCAUCGAAAAUUGAUGAUUUGUUAGCAACAAGUUCGCUACAUGAAUCAAAGAAGCUGAACUUUACAGUUCUUUGUCGUUUAGAAUCUUGCCAGAGUUUUCUGAAAAAGCCUUUUGACUAUGGAAGAAGAAAUGUUUGGCGAAGUGCGUUACUUCACUUUUCAAGAUGGCUUGUUGCCGUUUUUCAUUCUGGAACAUUGACAGCUUUAGAAACAAAUAACAGUUGCCCUUUCGAUAACGUUGCAGUUUUACAGUUCCCGACAAUUCAAAUGCAUAACUCACAGAUUCAGUCCAAAUUUGGAAACAGACUAAAUAGUUCCUGUGAUUGGAUGCCUGUUCUAACACUUAUGUGGCGGACAGAGAGGAGAGAGUUUUCUACUGUAGGGUAUGUCAACGGUAAUGGCACAUUAUUGGCAGAGAAAGAGAUUUUUCCAAACGCUAAGUUUGGUUUCAAUAUGAGAAAACUUGAGGCAAGAACCUUACCCUGGCCACCAUUUGUUAAAUUUGACAACAAAACGAAGCAAUAUAGUGGAAUAUCAAUCGAACUAGUAAAGCAACUUGCAGAUGGACUUAAUUUUACGUACGAUAUCAAAGAACCACCAGAUGGACAUUGGGGUAUUCCUUUGGAUGAUGGUUCUUGGACAGGAAUGGUCGGACAGUUGCAACGUCGGGAGAUAGACUUUGUAGCAGCGCCAUUGACAGUUCAAGCACAAAGGGAAAUGGUUAUUGACUUCACUCAUCCAUAUCAUCACGAAACAGCGGUCAUUUUAAUGAAGACACCGGAUGAGAAUGCGUCACAGUGGACUCGAUUGCUUGAUCCUUUAAGUCCUAUGGUCUUUCUAUGCAUUGGAAUAGCGCUUUUAAUCACUUCGUUCUUCAUUUUUAUUCUUGAAAAGUAUAACCCCUUUUACAGCGGUGAUAACAAAGAAAGAUGGACAAAGAGAGGACUACACCAUUUUUGUGAUGCUUUUUGUUACAUGUACGGAGCUUUACUAUGUCAAGGAAGUGGACAUGUAGCAGCAUCAUCGACAGGGAGAACAUUUCUGAGCUCAUGGUGGCUAUUUUGCAUUGUAGUAGCGGCAACAUAUAGCGGAAACUUUGUUGCAUUCCUAACAUAUCAGAAGGUUGCUCUUCCUUUUAAAGAUAUCAAUGGCCUAAUAGCACAAAACACCUACACAUGGGGCACCACAGGAGGAACUGUGUAUGAAACUCUUUUUCAGACUUCUGAAGUACCCGCAGUCAAAGAAGUAUGGAAUGGAAUAGUUAGGUUCAGCAAAGAUGACCCAUCUGUACUUGACCAUGACACUCAAGCCCACAUACAAAAAGUAAAAGGUGGAAAUUAUGCGUAUUUUGGUGAUAGGACUCUUGUCGAACUAUCAAUGGCGUCCAGCUGUGACUUGGUUUUGGCAUCAACUGAUAUUUUCUAUUUUACUUACGCCUUAGGUCUUCCAAAUCACUCACCUUUUGAGAAGAUUUUUUCCGACGAAGUUAUCUCGAUACUUGAAAGUGGACUCCUGCAAGUUUGGAAGCUAAAAUUAUGGCCUAAACCAGGAAAUUGUGAAGGAAUAUCUGCGACGGAAGCCAAGUCAAUUGGAGUUAUUGACAUUCAAAUUUCUUUUCAUUUAAUAUCAUUUGGAAUCGGCAUAGCAGCCUUGACGCUAUUUAUUGAACGGGUAAAAUUUUGGUGCAUUAAAACAUUUGCAAAACGUGUCAGAAAAGGAGCUACAAAUGACAAUGAAGAGAAUAAUAUGAAGACAAUUGAAGAUGAUGAUGUGUAUUCAACUAUUAACCAGGUUUCAAGGUGUCGAGUAACCUUGCAUCAGGAAAAUAGAUAAGAAUACUUAUUCUUGUAAUACACAUAUCAAGAAUUGUUAAUGGAAAAUACACCUCGAGUAGACACCUGUCCAUAAUAAUUGUUUUCCACUGUAUAUUGACCCCUGUAUGUCGUAUGCUAAUAAGGGGCAUAAUAUUGUGUUUUCACCGUCACUGAUGUCUACCCUACAUUUCUGUAUACAUCGUAUAAUACUCAAUGUUUCUCUCAGCCGGAAUACAAA